CCCGCUGCCUUACUCCGCCGCAGCGCUCCGGGUAGAGAGGAUCGUGCCCGCCGCGUCGCCAGGUGCCAUGUCCGGCCGCGGCAAGAGCGGCGGUAAGGCCCGAGCGAAGGCCAAGUCUCGCUCCUCCCGGGCCGGGCUGCAGUUCCCGGUCGGGCGCGUCCACCGGCUGCUGCGGCGCGGGCACUACGCGGAGCGGGUCGGGGCCGGCGCCCCGGUGUACCUGGCGGCCGUGCUGGAGUACCUGACGGCCGAGAUCCUGGAGCUGGCGGGCAACGCGGCCCGCGACAACAAGAAGACGCGGAUCAUCCCCCGGCACCUGCAGCUGGCGGUGCGCAACGACGAGGAGCUCAACAAGCUGCUGGGCGGCGUCACCAUCGCGCAGGGCGGCGUCCUGCCCAACAUCCAGGCCGUGCUGCUGCCCAAGAAGACCGGCGGAGCCACCGGCCCCGCCAAGGCCGGCAAGAAGGGCGGCGGGCAGCAGUCGCAGGAGUACUAGGGCGGCCUGCCUCCCGGCCACCCCGGCGCCACAAAGGCCCUUUUCAGGGCCACCCCCAUCGCUCACCGGGAGAGCUGCGAUCCGCGGGGCGGGACCGGGGGACCGGAAUGGCGGGCGGGGGUGGGGGGGGGCUCCGUCCCGCCGUCGUGCCCGGGGGCGGGGCCGCGCCGGCGGGCCACGGCCAUGGCGGCGAAGAACCGCCCGUCCCAGGCCGCUUGGAAAGGCCGCGGGCCGAAGAGCUGCUCUGUAAAGACUUACACUCACGCUGGGGUGCUUAUCAUCUCUUGUGUUUUAUCAUGUUACAUCCGGCAGACUUUGCAUAGAGAAUAAAUGACGCUUCGUUUGCAACCCCGCA